AUGGUCGGAGCAGAAAUCAAGGGAUCGACCUCGACGAACAAUGCUUACGCGAAUGGUUUAGUCCAAAUCAACAACGGGUCUCUAGAGGAAAAACUUGACGAGCUUCGUAACCUAUUGGGUAAAAUAGACGACGAUCCUUUAAGAAUCGUGAACGUUGGAGUCGGUGCUUGGGGCAAUGUGUUUGCAUUAAUGUUACAAGAUGGUUAUGGUCAUCUUCGAGAUAAAGUUCAAAUCAGGAUCUGGAGACGAGCAGGUAGGUCAGUCGAUCGAGCCACAUCACAACAUUUAUUCGAUGUAAUUAACUCACAAGAAGACGUGUUAAGACGAUUGAUUAGAAGAUGUGCGUAUUUGAAAUACGUUGAAGCAAGAUUAGGCGAUCGAGAAGCUGUUUGGGAUGCUGAUAUUGUCAUCAAUGGAUUACCAUCGACUGAAACUCAUCAAGUUUUUCAAGAGAUUAGUAAGUAUUGGAAGGAAAGAAUUACAGUUCAUAUUACAUGA